AUGUCGGAGAUUAUGAUUGACGACUGGAUGGUGGCUCAUCCCUUUGGUAUCCCUUUGGCACAGGGCGGACGGGACGAUGCAAGCGCCAGGUCGGGCUCCGGCUUCAAGCAUCACACAAUUGAGGAGUCACGCGAGUCAGAAAGCUACAUGAUUUUGGUAGAUGAAGCAGCGCGGUCGCAAGCUGGCUUACGAGAUAAUACCGCAGGUGGAACAAUAUCACGAGUGCAACAAUUCAAGGGUAAAGCAUGUGUAUCAAGCUAUCCGAAAACCUAUGAGGGUAUCACGAGACCUUGUCGUCUCAACCAAACCAUGAUCUAG